AUGGCCUCUGCUUGCGCGUCUCAGAUCACAGGCGUUAUCCUUCUCGCAGUCGGCGUCUGGGGCAAGCUCACCCUUGGCACGUACAUCUCUCUCAUCGCUGAGAACUCCACCAAUGCCCCCUAUGUGCUCAUCGGGACGGGUACCACAAUCAUCGUCUUCGGGCUUUUUGGCUGCUUUGCCACUUGUCGUGGCAGCCCAUGGAUGCUGAAACUGUAUGCCAUGUUCUUGUCCCUGGUGUUCCUGGCUGAGCUAGUGGCUGGCAUUUCAGGGUUUGUGUUUCGCCACGAGAUCAAGGAUACUUUCCUUAGGACAUAUACUGAAGCAAUCCAGAAUUACAACAAGAACGAUGAGCGGAGCCAUGCAGUGGAUAACGUACAGGAAAGUCUGAGCUGCUGCGGCAUUCAGAGCUACACCAACUGGAGCACCAGCCCUUACUUCUUCAAACACGGCAUCCCUACAAGCUGUUGCAUGAACUCCAGUGACUGUAAUACUCAGGAUCUGCGCAACAUGACUGUGGCUGCCACUAAAGUAAACCAGAAGGGCUGUUAUGACUUGGUGACCAGUUUUAUGGAGACAAAUAUGGGAAUCAUAGCUGGAGUGGCUUUUGGGAUUGCGUUCUCACAGUUGAUCGGGAUGCUGCUGGCAUGCUGUCUGUCCCGGUUUAUUACUGCUAACCAGUACGAGAUGGUGUAA